AUGGUGCUGUUCACCACUAAGUUUGUCCAGAGAGUUUCACUCUUUGUGUCCUUCGGAGGUUUAGUCACAACCUUUGUUACAACCUUCCUGCCACUAUGGAAGACGAUGAACUCGGAUCUGAAUGAGAUGGAGAACUGGUACGAGGGUCUCUGGCACAUGUGUAUCUACACAGAGGAAGUUGGCAUUCACUGCAAAGCCUUCGAGUCUUUUUUAGCCCUUCCACUAGACACUUUAGCUUCACGGGUUUUCAUGUGCAUUUCCAUCGCGACGGGAUUCCUCGGUGUGGCGGCUGCUUUUUUCGGACUCCAGGGUGUUGAGAUUGGAACCGGGCGGGAGAGGAUGAAGAGGACGCUGCUCAUCCUUGGUGGAGUGUUUAUCGUUGUGUCAGGGAUCACGACCCUUGCAGCUGUUUCACUAAUGGCGUACAUAAUGGUAGUGAAGUUCUGGGAUGAGAAUCUUCCGGAUGUGAUGCCCAGAUGGGAGUAUGGAGAGGCCAUGUUUUCUGCCUGGUUUGCUGGACUUCUGUUAGUUGUUGGAGGGGCUUUUCUUUUUGUUGCUGUUUGCAUGGGCGAUCAUGAAGCAAAGCAGCAGAAUAAAAUUCUUGCUCGCAAUCGAGAACAACACCCGAGAACUCAGCAUUACAGAAAGACGGAAAUCAUAUAGCUUAGAUUUCAUCUUAAGGCUGGAAAUAUUCUGUCAUCUUUACAGAACAAUCAAGUCAGACUUAUCAUGAAAUGUCGAACUUGUUUUAAUCAGAGUUGCAAUAGCAUCAGAGGAGUUACUUGCAUGGUGAUUAAAAAAAAAACUAUAUUUAUUCAUCCCUUUGAGAGUUAAUUAUACUUUAAGUAAUGCUUUGGUUCUUUUACAUUAGAAUCAAUCUCUGCAGAUUUGAGAGAUAUCUGAGCUGAUUUAUUUGCACUGUUAAUGCAUUGGACCAAAAUCUCAAUUAAUGUUAUGCAUGAUUUGGAAGGAUUUGGACAGAAUUAUUCACAUUUUCAGGUUGUCGGGAAACUUUCAAAGCCCUCUUUGUAAAAUAAA